CGUCAGAGGACAGACAAGCAGUCUGCAGGAAAGACAUACGGAAGACAAGUCAUUCAAAAACAAAGAUGUUUUCCGGUUAAUUCGAAAAAAAUUUUUAAAAAUGAAAUAUUGAAUAUAAUAUUAUCAAGAACGCCAAGUUUUAAUCAAUUUACAUCGUUGGUAUUAUGCCCAGUUAUAUUUUCUAGUUUUAUAUAAAUUCUACUCUGCCAGAUUGUAGUGAAAAUAUGUUGAGAUACGAAUCAUUUGAUACCAGAAAAUGGAAUACGUUACGUUGAUUAUCGAUAGUGCAUCGAUAUAUUUACGAGUAAUUAAAGUAUACGCUGUGGUAAGAAAAUCUAACAUCAAUGUGCGAUGUUUGAUCAAAUGAUACCAUAGGAAGAGUAUGAGGAACAGAAGUGAUUUUGCUAAAUCAUUUUCUACUCCGAGAUUCAGUUGUUGUGGUCCCAUGUGUCCGUCGUUUACUGUAAAAUCGUAUCUGAAACUUUUGAUCAAUACGUGGUCAUUUUUUGUUACAUUGAGAACUGUUGGCUUGAUUAUACUUUGUUAUAGUAUUUCAAUAGGAAUUACGUUUUAUCAAAAAUGGUUUAUCAAAAAUUUCCAUUUUCCUUUGACAGUUGUUAUUUGCCAUCUAGUUGUAAAAUUUCUUUUGUCUGCUGUUCUUCGUACAAUAAUAGAACUAUACAAUGGAAAACAGCGUGUUGUUUUAUCCUGGCCAGUUUAUUGGAAACAACUUGCUCCUACAGGUAAGAAAUAUACUGAUAUCAUAUUUAAUGACUGGAGUUUUGAAUUUAUAACGAUAUCAUUAUAUACAAUGACAAAAUCUACAUGUAUUGUGUUUAUUCUAAUGUUUUCUUUAAUAUUUGGAUUAGAAAAAAAGAGGUGUUCAUUAGUAGCUGUUGUUUUACUCAUUGCUGUUGGGCUAUUUAUGUUUACCUAUCAAUCAACACAGUUUAACCUGCAAGGUUUUCUUCUUGUGUUAAGUGCUUCAUUUCUUGCAGGAUUUCGAUGGACUUUAGCACAACUUGUUAUUCAGAAAAAAGAAAUAGGUUUAGGAAAUCCAAUUGAUAUGAUGUAUCAUAUGCAGCCAUGGAUGAUAUUAGGUUUGUUGCCACUUUCUAUUGCCUUUGAAGGUAUUCCAAUUUCAACUUCAGAAAAAGUAUUUCGUUACCGUGAUGUAGCAGUUGUAACAAGAACUUUGACAUGUGUUUUUGUAGGAUCAAUGCUUGCUUUUUUAAUGGAAUUAACAGAAUAUUUACUGCUAAGGUAUACUUCAAGUUUAACUCUGUCUAUAACAGGAAUAAUAAAGGAAAUAUUUACAUUAUAUUUAGCAAUACAUUAUAAUGGUGAUUCCAUGACGACAAUGAAUUAUAUUGGUCUGGUUAUUUGUGUAUUAGGUAUAGGAACACAUGUAUUCUUAAAAGCUCUUCAUGUUUCAGGUUAG